UAAGCGAAUAUCUUGUCUGAAAUCAACAACAUAAGGGACACAUGUGAAUCUUCUUCCACACCAACUUAAGCACUGGCUUUGAUUUAUGUACGUCUACCCUCAAAACAAGUUCACUUGGAUUGGCCAGAAAGACAACUCAGUGUCAUGUUUUCCAUGUCUUUGAAGCCCAAAAACCCCCUAACUCCUUUUACUUCCUGAUCUUCUCUGUCUGAUCUCGUUGUGGAAACUAUAAACACCACAAAGUUUGGAACUUGGCUACACUAUCUGGAUUUAAAUACAAACAACUGACAUAAAGACAUCUAAUCGUGUGGUGGUGAAGAUAGCAGGCUAGCGUCGUCAGAGAUAAAUGACAUUUAAUAGGGUGCAGAAGAUCACAGACUCGUAGAAAUGGAGAUGGUACCGUUUCCACUAAUACCGAAGCCAAUAGAAGUAAACUACAGGGCUUGCACCAUUCCUUACAGAUUCCCUUCGGAUAAUCCCAAGAUUGCCACUCCCACUGAGAUCUCCUGGAUCAACGUCUUCGCCAACUCCAUCCCUUCUUUCAAGAAACGUGCAGAAAGUGAUACAACUGUUUCAGAUGCUCCUGCAAGAGCUCAACAAUUUGCAGAAAGAUAUGGGGGAAUUCUAGAAGACUGGAAGAAAGAUCCAGAGAGCCAUGGCGGUCCACCAGAUGGCGUUGUAAGUCAGAAGAAUGGCCCCUUGAAUUGUAGUGAUGAGCUUUGUUUUACAUGGAGCUUUAUGGUUUGUUUACAGAGUCUCGGCAGAGCUCGUGAGCAUUUACUCAGAGAGUUAGGAUUCAUGGACAUAUUCAAGAAAGUGAAGGAUGAAGAGAAUGCAAAGGCUAUAUCUCUCUUUCCUGAAGUUGUCAGCCUGAGUGAUGCUAUUGAAGAUGAAGGAGAGCGUUUGGAAAAUUUGGUGAGAGGGAUGUUUGCUGGUAACAUCUUCGAUCUUGGUUCUGCUCAGCUUGCUGAGGUGUUUUCAAGAGAUGGUUUAUCUUUCUUGGCUACCUCUCAAAACUUGGUUCCGAGACCUUGGGUCAUUGAUGACUUGGACAGCUUCCAAUCCAACUGGUUCAAGAACCGCUGGAAGAAGGCAGUGAUUUUUGUUGACAACUCUGGUGCAGACAUCAUUUUGGGUAUACUGCCGUUUGCAAGAGAGAUGCUUCGUCGAGGAAUGCAGGUGGUGCUGGCUGCUAACGAUCUGCCAGCCAUCAACGAUGUAACAUAUACCGAGCUUACAGAGAUCUUGUCACAGUUGAAUGAUGAGGAUGGCCAACUGAUAGGCGUUGAUACUUCGAAGCUUCUGGUAGCAAAUUCAGGGAACGACUUAGCGGUUAUAGAUCUGUCAAGAGUGUCACAGGAGCUUGCUGACAUUUCAGCUGAUGCAGACUUGGUCAUCAUAGAAGGCAUGGGUCGUGGUAUUGAGACUAACCUUUAUGCUCAGUUCAAGUGUGAUUCUCUCAAGAUCGGAAUGGUGAAGCAUAUUGAAGUAGCAGAGUUUCUUGGAGGGAGGCUCUAUGACUGUGUUUUCAAAUACAAUGAAGUUCAGAGUUAAUUUUAUCUCAGUGAUCUUCUCUCUGUUUGACUUCUCCCCAACAGUGUGAUUAUUUUUUACAAAAAUUGAGAAUUGAGAUUUGUGCUUGCUUAAAUUGAGUAUCUCAGGUUUUAUAUUUUUUUUUAAUAAAACAUUUAACCAAUA